AUGGCGGAAAACGCGCUUACAAAAGCCGUUGACAAAAAAUACCCCGGUUUCACUUACGAAAAAGAAGGAGAGUGGAAAGGAUCUUUCUGCUUUAUCCAUGCUUCAGAUACACAAUUUGGCCUUAUAGAUUCGUGGAAUGGUGUUCCACUUGAAGAGCAAAACUGGGAAAAAGAAAUCGUCCUUACGCGCAAAGCGAUCGCUGCUGCAAACAAGCUGUCACCAAAACCUAGGUUCUUUGUUGUUUGCGGCGAUCUCGUGAACGCUUUUCCCUGGGAAAAAUUCAACGAUCCACAAGUUGCAGAUUUUAAGAAGAUCUUCAAUGAGCUCGACCCAAAUAUCCCCCUGAUCUGUGUUUGUGGGAACCACGACGUUGGCGAUUCACCAACACAAACAUCUCUGCAAAAGUACAGGAGCAAUUUUGGGGAUGACUUUUACUCCUUUUGGGUUGGAGGUAAACUUUUUUACAUUUGAUUAGGAUAGGUACAAUCUACAAUGAAAUGUUAACAAAUUAAUUUUACCUGCACUUCUUCCGCAAGGAGGGGACAAGCAAUAUAUUUUCGUCAAUUAGAGGUUGUACUCACUCUAUCAUGGUCAAUUGCAUUUCACAACCUUGUUUAUUCAUUUCAACGUUCUUUUGACAGGGCAAUGGAAUUUUAAUUUUCUUUCCCGGAGAAUGCUAAAUCCGUCGUGUUUUGAAGAACAUCUGGGUUCUUUCCUUAACAUUUUUGUAGUCUUCUUUUUUCUUUUAAGCUUAAGUGUAAGAAAUGUUUUAUAAUAAUAAUGCCAGUUGCUGGUUGUUGGUUCUUUUUGUUAGCUUAUUAACGUUGCGUUUUCGUGAAGCUUAACAUGCCAAGAUUUUGUUGCCUACUUCUAUUUCUGCUAGCCCAGUUUGUUGAUGAUUGCUUAUUUUUCAAAGGGGUUGAUAAAUUUUUGGAAAAAAGAAUAUAAACAAUUUCGAGUGUUUUAACCAGGUUUUAAGUGUGACCCUCAAUACAUUUCGUGCUGAUGGGAGUUCCCCUAAUAUUAAGGAAAAGCCGGAAGUUUUAAGCUUUCCUGUUCUUAAAUACCAGGUGGAAUCUGGAGUGAAAAUAUUUGCCUUGCAUGUACAGUAUUGUAUGUGCUACAGGUAUAAUACAAAUAUGUUCUAAAGCAUUUCGUAACAUUUUCAGUCUAUUCAAAAUUAUUUUAAUCUAGAAUUUCAGAUGGGAUUGAUUGCCGGUAUAUCUUUCUCAGUCCUUCCUACCCCCCCCUCCUCCCCCCAAAUUUUUGGUAAAUGUAAAUGCCUUUGGUGAAGCACACCUGUAUUAUGAUUAGUAUGACUUGCCCUAGUCUAGCGGCUAUAAAUAUCAUUUUACACUAUAAAUGUUAAUAAUAAAAAUUAAUUGAUGGAAAAUGUUUUAACAUUAUUAAAUUAAUGGAAUGCUCUCUAGGCUGUAUACUGUAUGACAAAAUACAGAAAAACAAAACAAAACAACAAAGAAUGUAAAUCAGAAAAAUAAUCCUCUCUUAAAACCUGUCCCACCAACUGCAAGAGCUUUUUAUUAUUAUUGUUUUUAGCUUUUAAUCAAGAACCUUUGAGGGGGGAGACAGGACUACAUGUAAGCAGAGAGAGGGUCUUAUUCAGUUUAGCAAAAUUAAAUGCAACUAUCAAGAAAUGAGAAAGGAUCAGAGUGGAGUUACAGUACUCUAAUUUAUUCCUGUUUUGGAUGGGUGGGAAAUAUGACUGUUUGACAUCAGGAUUUGAGUGAUAUUAUUCAAAUUUUAUAAAAUCACUAAGAUACCACACGCACUCUGAUUGGCCGAGAAGAGUGUUUGCAUGACAGUAUGUAAAAAAGGUUUUGACGUCAAGAUGUUUUGCUUUUUCCAUGCUUAUCACACAAGCACAAAUUUGAAAAAGGUUUUUGAGUUUAAAACUCAAUAAGUUUACUUUAUUUCCCCAUUCCUUUGUCGGCUGAAACUUGAAAAAUCUCUACAAACAAGCUGUGUCAAUUUUUUUUUCACUUAAGCUGAUAUUUUAAUCAAGGAAAAUCCGUAUUUUGGAAAGCAUCUUCUUGCAAAACAAUAACUGAUUAAGCGUGUAAGACUUUGUGUACAAGACUUUGCGACUGGUAAAAAUUUCUCUUUUAAUCAGUGCCGUAACAAAGAAUUUUGCCUUUUUUCCCGGGAAAGUUAUUUUAUAAAAGCGGUAGAAAACUUUUUUUUCCGUGUUUGCAUAGCCUGAAAUAAACACUCCAGGGGUUGGGAGAAUUCUCAACAGUUAUGCAAACCCUCAACUUCAUCUCAGGUUUGCAAAACUGUCUCGAAUUCUCCCACCCUCUCAUGUUUAUAUCAGGCUACCAUAUUUCCUCAAAUAAUAGCCGUCCCUUGAUUAAUUGCCUCCUUCGAAUAAUCGCCCUCCUUUGACAGAAAUAUUUGAAAUGGUCACCUCCCUCAAAUAAUCGCCCCUUUUGCCAUAUCUUCUCUUCCUUUUAUGACCUACUUGUCAAGUUGAAGCAGUGCAAUGUAAUCCAGCAAGAUCAGUGACGAUCAAGCUCUGAAAAUUAAUCAAGGAACUAAAUUUGGAAUACUGUCUUGAAAAGACCAUGUUCAAUUUAUUUGAUGAGAUUAUUUUUUUGAUUUAAUGGGAAAAUAAAAAUAUAUAAUAUAUAUUUAGGGCACGACUUCCAGUGAGCAAUAUUUGAAAUAAUCACCUCCUUCGAAUGAUCGCCUUCCCUCGAAUAAUCGCCUCCUUUUUGGGCGAAAAAAGAAAUAAUCACCCCCGGCUAUUAUUUGAGGAAAUACCGUAUGUAAACACAUAAAACGCUAUGGGGACAGCUCAUAUUACAGGCUGUCACUAAGAGCCCGAUGGCCAGGGAUUUUCCCCAGCUACUAUGAGUGUGAACCCCAGCUAUUCUUAUAGGAAACAAAAGGGAAAUGGAACCAAAAGAACUUCCUAGCAUGUACAAUUCUCCUACUGCCAAUUGCAUAAACUGGGCAACUUGAAAUUUUAGCGAAAAUCCGGUAUUCUUUUUAAAAACACAAAUUUUUAUUUUUUGGUUUGACUGUAAAACUUUAAGUGACUGUAGAGGAAGGGGCCUGGGGGCAGGCGCUUAAUUAAUUCUCUUGUGGUUGGGAUGUGAAUGAAAUAAUAUUUAAUGAAGUAUAUUGAAUCUUUUCUUCAAAAUUUCACUAAAACCCAUCAGUACCUUGAAUGCUAUUUAGGAAUAGACCGAUCUAGCCUGAUAGUCUUGAUUAAUGGUGGAAUGAUUUUUUUAUUGGACUGGUCUGGCCAGCUGACAAAUGGUAAGGAUUGUUGGUAACCCAGAUUAAUUUUUCUCUUUGUUCAUCUCUGGAGUUUACAUUGUAUAGCAAGAAAAAUUACUCAUCUGACAAAUAGUAUUAUUAAAUCUAAACUCAAUAAUCCAUAUUCUCCAAGUAUUAGUUCAUCCACUGUGAAUACCAAUUUUUUUUUGGUUCACUCAUUCACACUACAUCAUAAUUAUUGUUUUUCACAGGUGUUUUCUUUCUUGUACUUAAUAGUCAGUUUUAUAAAGAUGCCAGCCAGGUGAUGGAACACAAGCAGGAACAAGAUCAAUGGUUAGAUGAACAGCUUUUGUUUGCAUCAAGCUGCGGAGCAAAGCACGUUGUCAUUUUUCAACACAUUCCUUGGUUCUAUGCCAACCGAGAUGAAAAUGAUGAUUACUUCAAUAUUGAGACAAAUGUGCGUAAAGAGAUGCUUUCAAAGAUAAAGAGUGCUGGUAUUAAGUAUGUCUUCGCUGGUCAUUAUCACAGAAAUGCUGGAGGUUUUGACGAAGGUUUGGAAAUGGUUGUCACAAGCGCUGUCGGCCAGCAAAUUAACAAUGAUAAAGACUCAGGGAUGAGGAUUGUCUGUGUCACAACAGAUAAAAUAACUCAUGAAUAUUAUGAGCUGGACAGUGUUCCCACCAGUGUAACUUUGUGAAACCCAAAAAAAAGACAAUGCUGCGUGUGGAGAAGGAUUUUGAUAACGUCUGUGGAGCAAGUGACUAGAUCUGGAACGACUUAUCAUCCUUUUACAUGGUAAUCACCAUGGACACAACCUGCACAAUAACUGAAGGUCCACUGUACAGGUAGUUUUCCUGUCACCAGGAGCAGCUUUUAUAGUUCAGAAAACAUCUUGAUGUUGUCCAGUUCAUAUUAAUAACAUAUGCAUAAAAUGUGCACAAGAUUGAAUUUAAUACAAAAUAAUUUAUAGCAGUUGAUAAACAUCAUAGUCAUCUGUAGUCUGGUAUACUAAAUAUAUUGCUUGAUGGUACAUGGUACAUCUGUAUAAAGUUCCAGUGAUAAAUUUUUUGUUGGUAUCAAAAAUUAGGCUGCAAUCACUAGUGGCUGAUUUUCGUUCUCAUACAUGUAACAGGUGAUGGCCAUGUACGCUGUAGCCAGGUAUACUUAAAUGUAGUAUUCUAACUUAGAUUUAUUGGGUUAUUUAUUUACUUUGAUUUGAGAAAAAAAAAUUAUAAUUAUGUACAGCAUAGAUGUUGUCACUGCCAUGGCUAAAGGGCAGGCUUACUCUCAAUAAAUUAGAAUGACUUUAAUCACAACCAAGUUCUUGUUAUACAAGAGUUUGUGAUUUCAAAAUGUUUUUUUUUUACAACAAUAUUUUUAAAAUUAUUAUUUACUAACUAAAAUAAUUUGCUAUUGUUUCACUUUUCAUCAGCAUAACAUUACAUACCUGUUUUUUUUAUGACAUUAUAUUAUUUUAUGUGCUUGAUGCUUAAUGGGCCAUAAUCUUAAAUACAUGAAAUCAGCUUUGAUUUUGCCACGUUAUUUAUUUCUAUUAUUUUUGCAUGAAUUCCCUCAUAUCUUGGGACAGUCUAAUCAGAGAUGUCCUCAAGUUGUUACCUUGAUAUUGUCAUUAUAUUAUUGACAGAGUAUAUUGGAUUUAGGGUACAGAUUUAAUUUAUACAGGCAUAAAUUAAUGAUCCUGGAAAGUGGACUUAUUAAAUGUCACUGUUUUUUCAGCAUACUGUGUAACAAAUUUUACAAUAAAUGACUGUAGUCAGCAAUCUUUUUCAAUAAAUUAUAAUGGUUGUAUAAUUAUACCAUUGCAUACAUGUAGUUAGUACAUGUACAUGUAUAUUUUGUGGUUAUGGAUUGUGUGUUACUGAUGAAAUUGUAUGCAGGAAUGGAAAUGUGUACAUCUGAUAUAUCUUCAACAAAACGUUCUGCGCAAUAAUACAAUGUGUUGUAAAAAUCUAGGCAGAAGCCUGUCCUACAAUUUUUUUUCAUUGCUACUAUUUGCAUAGUUCGAAAACCAACC